AUGCCGCUAAAGAGUGAUGUUGAAGUUCAAACCUCGGACAGACUCACCGAAACAACCUCUGUGCUGCCUCAAGAUGAUCACGUAAACAAGGGAGCCGCUUCCUGUAACCGAUACUUUGCUUUUUUGGACGCCAUAAAUGCAGCGCUAGGUACCGAAACUAAAGGAAUUGAGCCAACUACUGAGGACGAGAGGAACGAUGCUUCUCUUCUGAAUGCUUCUACUAUGUGGUUUUCAGCUAACAUGGUAAUUGCAGCUUUCUCUGUUGGCGUGCUCGGCCCUAUCGUCUUCGAACUGAAUUUCUGGGGCUGUGUCGUCGCCGUUGUCGUGUUUGCCUUCUUAGGUGUCUUACCAGUUGCAUUUUAUUCGGUUUUCGGGGCUGAACUGGGCUUGCGACAGAUGGUUCUCUCGCGGUACUUACUUGGAAACCUUACGGCUCGGAUCUUUGCUAUGAUUAACAUUAUUGCCUGUAUCGGUUGGGGUGCUGUCAACACAAUUGCAUCUGCUCAACUACUUCACAUGGUUAACCCACAUGGCGCGCGUUGCCCUCCGUGGGCUGGCUGCCUUAUUAUUGUUCUAUCAACUAUCAUUGUUUCUUUCUUCGGAUACCGCGUCAUUCAUAUAUACGAAAAAUGGGCUUGGGUUCCUAACCUGGCUGUCUUUUUGAUUGUGAUUGCUCGAGUGCGUAUCAAUGGUAGCUUCACUAUUGGUCACUGGGAAGAGGGUGCAAAUACUGCGGCGGGGAUACUAUCUUUGGGGGGCAUUGUCUUUGGCUUCGCCACUGGAUGGACGACCUACGCAUCGGACUAUACGGUUUACAUGCCCUCCACUAUCAACAAAUAUAAAGUCUUCUUCGCCGUGACGGCAGGGCUUAUGUUGCCUUUGUGCUUCACUAUUCUUUUAGGUGCUGCAGCCGGCCGCGCAGCCAUGAAUAAUGAGUUAUACAGGUACUACUAUGAUAAAGAAAGCACCGGUGGGCUGCUUUACGCAAUAUUGGUCCCAAAAUCUUUGGGCGGAUUUGGGCAAUUUUGUUGUGUUGUUUUGGCGAUGUCGACUGUAGCCAAUUGCAUUCCGAACAUGUAUUCCAUUGCACUUGGGACCCAAUCGCUAUGGCAGCCGCUUGCAAAAGUUCCAAGAGUAUUUUGGACUGUCACUGGUAAUUUUGUCACUCUAGCUAUUGCCAUCCCAGCCUACUAUAAAUUUGCAUCUUUUAUGACAACUUUCAUGGACGCCAUUGGCUACUACCUGUCGAUUUACAUUGGAAUAUCUAUUAGCGAACAUUUUGUUUAUCGGCGCGGUAGAUUCCAAAACUAUAUUGUGGCUGAUUGGAGUAGUUGGGAUCGACUACCCGUUGGCUAUGCUGGCUGUGCAGCUCUGUUUGUUGGCGGUGUCGGUGUUGCACUUGGUAUGUGCCAAUCUUACUGGAGUGGUGAAAUUGGCCGGCUUAUUGGUGACUACGGCGGUGACAUUGGUUUCGAGCUUGGUCUUGGAUUUUCAGUCAUAACUUACAAUGUUUUAAGGCCUUUGGAGUUGAAAUUUGUGGGCCGGUAA